AUGGCUAUCUCCUCUAGAGAGGCCCACCUUCAAGGAAAGCGACAUCUCCGAAAAUCCAAUUCAACCUCGCAAUCAGCUCCUGCUCCCCCACCCUCACAACCAAACCUUGGGUCGGAAAUGUGGACUUGUAAGCCUUGUGGUCGGCAGAUGAUUGUCGGCAAUCGAAACCAGCAUCUGCAGGGGAAAUCUCACAAGGCUGCUGUCAAAGCCGCGCCUAUUCCCCGAGCGGUAACUGCUUCGGCGGUGCCAGCAGCAUCAUCAUCGCAACAAUGGACGUGUGAGCCUUGCGGUCGUCGAAUGGAUGCCAUGAGUCGCGAGCAACAUCUUCAAGGGCAACGACACAGAGAUGCCAUCGCUCAACCAUUGUCUGUCCAGGUCGCCCAGGGCGUCACCCCUUCUCACGAGGAAGGAAUGUCCGAGGAAGUCGACGGUGACAAGAAUGGAUUCACCAUCGAGGGAAGUCUUGACUUCAAAAUAGUCGACCUGGCCUCUGCUGCGCGAGGUAUCACACUUCAGGCGUCAGUCAAAGCCAAGGCAACGUUCCGAGCUGAGAUUGUUGGGUGCACUUUGGCAUCGUCCAAAGGACAACGAACGUGCUCCCCGUUUACUGUAUCUAUUAUCGGGCAAAAUCGCACUGUCUCCCCCUCCUCCACUGUCCAACUCAAGGUCAACAUGACCACUCAACACUACGGCCGUGCCGAAGAUCGAUUGGAGGUCACGUUGGACAGCCCUCAGCUUCGUUCACAGUUUGUCAUUGCGCGUAAACUGUGCGUGCAUGUUGGUGACCAAUCCACCCUGAACGAUUUGAAGCCCAAGAUCCCUUAUACCCCAAGAGACAAAUCUGCGCCUCGUCAACCAGAAACUAAAAUUAUUCCUGGCGAGCCAGCACCGUUCUCGAGCGCUUUUCCGUAUGCCAGGCAGUUACCGCGGGCGAAGAUACCGGGGCCUCUUGCGAAUGAUUUGUCUUCGGGUACCACCAGAGAGAUUAUCGACAAGAUGCGUUCGGUUUAUCUUCCUUUGGUAUUCGAUAGCACAGGAUAUGGAAAGCACUUUAAGCAUAUCAUAUGGGCUGAGGAAUACCAGAUGGAUCUCGAUAUGGGCCAUUAUGAUAUGCACAAUGCAAAGCUGAGGAAAAACAACCAAUCCUAUUAUCUCGCUGUUCCGGGACUCGCUGAGAAGCGCCCUAGUGUUCUCGUUGGUGACAAGAUCCUCGUCCAGCCCCAUGGGGCCCCUACUGGAAUCUGGUUCGAGGGUGGGGUUCACACUAUCCGCGAAAUAGAAGUCGGAAUGAAGUUCAACAAGAAGUUUGCUCCAAAACCUACCGAUCUCUUCUCUGUUAGGUUCAAACUGAACCGAUCUUCUGUUCGUCGACAACAUCAAGCGUUGGAUUGGAAGGUUGUACAAGAGCGGGUUCUAUUCCCUGACCCAGAACAUCUUGGUUCAGGUGGUAUCCCCCAGGGACUCCCCCGCAGCACGUUCAAUCCUGUGAUUGCGAACAAUCCGAGACAGCUUCAGGCUGUUACUUCGAUCCUUCAUGCACCAGCAGGGUCUGUUCCAUUCGUCUUAUUUGGCCCACCGGGUACUGGUAAAACCGUCACCUUGGUGGAAUCAAUCCGCCAGAUCCUCGAUGCCAAUCCUCACGCCCGAGUCCUCGCUUGUGCUCCUAGCAACUCCGCCGCAGACCUCAUUGCGCUACGCCUUCUAGAACUAGGCCCAGAACUUCUUUUCCGCGCAUACGCACAAUCCCGAUACGAAGACCAAGUUCCCGAAGAGCUCAAGCCGUUCACGCACCGGAAUGAGAAUGGCCAUUAUUCAGUCCGUGGGGUGGAUGAUGUGAAACGGUUCCGGGUGGUUGUCACGACGUGUAUCUCGGCGAGUAUCGUUUCGGGGAUCAAAAUACCUCCUGGGCACUAUAGCCAUAUCUUUGUCGAUGAGGCUGGGCAGGCUACUGAGACUGAGGUUAUGGUGUCUGUUAAGAUGAUGGCGGAUGAUCAGACGAAUGUUGUCUUGUGUGGGGAUCCGAAACAGCUUGGGCCGGUUAUUCGGUCGAGUGUUGCGAGGAGGUUGGGGUUGGGAAUGUCGUUUAUUGAACGACUCAUGGGGAGGGAGAUUUAUGACGAGGUAGAGGGAUAUGGGAUUUCCGUGGUGAAGCUCACCAAGAAUUACCGUUCUCAUAAUGCCAUCUUGAAGUUUCCCAACGAACAGUUCUACGGUGGGGAUCUGGAACCAUGUGCUGAUCCUGCGGUUACCAACCUCUACCUCAAUUCACCUCAUGUGGUGUCUCCCAAGUUCCCUAUCGUAUUCCACUCCGUUUUCGGGAAGGAUGAGCGAGAGGCUUCGUCACCUUCCUAUUUCAACAUUGACGAGGUGACAGUGGUCACGUCUAUCUUGGAGAAGUUGAGGAAGGACACGAGGAUUCCAUUGAGUGACGAUGACAUCGGCGUCAUUGCCCCAUAUCGCGCCCAGGUGUUGAAGCUUCGAGCUGCGUUCCGCAACCGCAAAAUGGAUGCUACGUCGGUAAAGGUUGGUAGCGUAGAAGAGUUCCAGGGACAAGAACGCAAAGUCAUCAUCGUUACCACCGUCCGGAGUAGCCGCGAAUUCGUCGACUACGACCUCCGUCACACCCUUGGUUUCGUUGCGAAUCCUCGACGUUUCAAUGUGGCCGUAACUCGAGCUCGGUCCCUCCUUGUCAUCGUUGGAGACCCCAAUGUCCUGUCCCUCGACCCCCUUUGGCGAUCGUUUAUGAACUACGUGUACGAGAACGGCGGGUGGACAGGGCCUGAACCUACGUGGGAUACCACGGAGCCUGUGGACUUUGAUGGCGGCUACGAUGUUGCAAUCAGAGACCAGGCGAGGGCGGAGAUGGAGGCGUUCUCUAGGAUGAUGGAGGGUUCCACACCCGAUGGACGUGCGGAUGUUGAAGGAGAUGUCAAUGUGGAUCAGCCUUGGGCUGAGAUGGACUGAAGCUAGAUAUUUACAGC